GGAGUGUGUACAGUACGGCUGCGUGACGUUGUCAUGAGAGGAAGUGGACUUUGUUCAGUGGGUUUACACCGAGGCGCUUGUUGCUCUCUUUAACAAACUCUAAACAUAUCAAAAGCUUCCUAACUGUCUAUGAAUAGCGGCUGUGCUAACCAGAACAACACCACAGGAGUUAUUGGGGUAUCAAUAAUGUAGCUUUCGGAGUUGAUGGACAUUUUUUACAGAGCUCUUCGCGGAUAAAUUAGAUUUAACAGCGUCCAAAAGGCGGUAACAUCAAAGCGGAAGUAGAAAGUAUCCGACGCUGCUCGUGUGGUUCUUUAGGCAGGUGAGAACACAACGGUCCAGCAGUCUCCACUCAGGUGCUGACUGAAACACCCGGGCCGAGAGCGUCUGAGCGAGGCGGUCUCAGCCCGCUUCCCGGUGAACUGUAGCAGGGCUCGACUGCAGUGAGAAAGUGAUUCAACUCUGAUUCAAUCCGACUGCAGGAAGUGAAUCAAACAUGAUAAUUUCUCUCUGGAACUGCAAAACAGCUGUCACUGACUUGAGCAACAGCCUUCCCGUUAGCGUUUGUUUUUAUUCCUCACUUAUCCUCUUUCAAUAAACCACAGCGUCCUCACGCCAUGUCUCUGGCCCUGAAGCAAGUCUUCAACAAAGACAGAACGUUCCGGCCCAAGCGGAAGUUCGAGCCAGGCACGCAGCGUUUCGAGCUGCACAAGAAGGCGCAGGCUUCCCUGAACGCAGGUCUGGACCUGAAGCUGGCCGUGCAGCUGCCUCACGGCGAGGACCUGAGCGACUGGGUGGCCGUGCACGUGGUGGACUUCUUCAACCGCAUCAACCUGAUCUACGGCACCAUCAGCGAGUCUUGCACCGAGCAGACAUGCCCCAUCAUGUCCGGAGGGCCCAAAUACGAGUACCGCUGGCAGGACGAGCACAAGUACAAGAAGCCCACAGCGCUUUCUGCCCCAAAGUACAUGAGUCUCUUGAUGGAGUGGAUCGAGGUACAGAUCAACAACGAGCAAAUCUUCCCCACCAAUGUCGGUACGCCCUUCCCCAAGAGCUUCAUGCAGGUGGCGAAGAAGAUCCUGUCACGUCUGUUCCGCGUCUUCGUGCACGUCUACAUCCACCACUUCGACCGCGUCAGUCAGAUGGGGGCAGAAGCGCACGUCAACACCUGUUACAAACAUUUCUACUACUUUGUUACUGAAUUCAACCUCAUAGACCACAAGGAGCUAGAGCCACUGAAAGAGAUGACGUCACGGAUGUGUCACUGAAAUGGCGUCUCGAGGUGGUACAUUCCAAACAGAUCGGCCCAACCGUCCGAAUCAACGAAUUUUAAAAAAAAAUGAACCAAAGUUUCCAAAGACUCUAUUUUUAUACACUUUUAAAGUACUGUAAUAUUCUAUUUAGCGAGAAAUAUGUUAACAUCCUGAAUUGCUCUCUUUAAUGUGUAGAAAUAUUUUUUUUGCUAGAUUGCAGUAUUAGAAGUCCUUGUUUUUCAGUUUUGAUUCUGAAUCAUUUCUGUUUGCUGUUAUUUUUCCCUGUCUGAAGCAUACAGAUUAUAUUUGUUAUAUUUAUGUAUGUGUUUGAGACAUUAAACAUAUUCUGCUAAAUAUA